AUGCAACACAAGAGCCCAAACAUGUUGUCGAUGCGCCACAAGGGUGUUCGCGUGCUCGUCAAAUGGCCAGAAACAUACGAGAAACUCCUCGAAGCCGCACGUAUCGCUUAUCCGGGUCUCCCAACGAACGAUGCAAAGAUCUACUUCGAAACGCGCGUCAUCCUCGACGACAAAGACCACCGAUACAGCUACGUGAAUCGCCGCACAAAGAACAAGCCCGCACGGGUGACUCCGGAGGUCUGGACCGAGGUUCCGCCGCCUACGGGGCCGCGUGAAGGGACGGUCAAUGAAGUCGAGGUUAGGACGUUGAGGAAGGCGUGGGGGUUGCUGAGGGUGUAUCAGCUUGGUCGGACGAGGAGUGGGGGCUCCGAAGAUACGACGAAGGUUUGA